CUGUGACCUCUUCUCCUGAUCUCAUGUCGCUUCGUCUAGAUAGAUCCGAUUUCGAGAUAUUCCUUCGACCGGAUUCUCCCAUGCGUGGCUCUAGGGAUCUCCAUUUCGUGGAUUUGCAUGGACUUUGUGAUUCUGCUCCUCUUCGAGGAGGAACUACGGAUGUUAGAUUUAGGGUUUCUCUACCCAAGCGGCGAUUAGAUAUGAAAACUCCGUUGGCAGCAGAACGGGACUAUGAUAUAGCAAACUCAUGCAAUGGAUUCAUGUGUUUACGUAAAGCUACGAUGUUUAGUUCUUGCAAGAAUCCGUGUAUUGUGUGGAACCCUUUUACAGGGGAGUUUACGUUCAUCCCGAAACCAGAGAAGGAGAACACUAUAAAAGCUUGGCCUAUUGUUUCGGGAUUGGGCUGUGGGGCGAGGAGCAAUGUCUACAAAGUUGUCCGUUUGUUUCAUGGAGUUUCUCCUUUGAGCCCAUUUGACAGAGUGGCUGAAGUGUGCACUCUUGGCAGUGAUUCUUGGAGAAGCAUUGGACAAGCUCCAUGGGACACGAUCUACGAAGGGUCUACUUAUACAGUGUAUUUGAACGGCGUUAUUCACUGGCUAAGUGAGCCAGAUGGAUCCGUUGCUAAAUUCUCUUUGUUGUGUUUUGGUUUCGAGGAGGAGAAAUUCAAUCAUCUGCCGUUGCCGCCCCAGCUACUUGAGAGGAUGGGCGAUGGUCCAGCAGAGUCUAAGGUGACAUUGGGAGCCCUCAGAGGGUGUCUCUGCGUAUCCGGGCUUGUUUUGCACCGCAUCAAGGUUUGGAUCUUGAGGGACCGCUCUGACGAAACGUCCUGGACACCACAGUUCUCGAUUUAUAACUUCAUGGGGUCCUUUUUUCGGCCUCUAAAAUGGCUAGAGAACGGGAGCUUGGUGAUGUUAUGGAGCAAGAUGUCGCUUGUUUUCUACGACCGCAUGGCCAGAACAGUUAGAGAGUUCCGGGUGAGAGGUGGUGGCUCUGUCGCAUUCCAAGCCAUUGCUCAUGUCCCAAACAUGGGUUCCCUCAGGGAUAUUGCAGGUGGACGGAAUCUGGUGGUCCACAAUGGGGAACCGAUUAGGUGGCGACCGGAAGAUGCUGAAGCAAUGUCUCUCGUGGAAGACAGAGAUGUUGGAGUGAACUGGGUUUUCGAUCUAUGGGGUUAAAGAAGAUGAUGGCUGCUUGGGCAAGUUUUUGUGCAUCGCUUUUUGGGACAUCCAAGGGUUCUUUUUGGUAAAUACGAAUCUGUCUGUCUGCGUAUUGCCGUAAUCAGUGUUAACUCUACCUACUUUAUUCAACAAAAAAAAAACUCUACCUACUUUUUUGUCAUACCCGCAUGUACGUACGCACGCAUGCAUGCAUGUGCGUGUAAGGAACUUCUCUCAAUUAUGUCAUUUCUGCCCCUCUACUUUUAUGUCAUACGCAAUUACGCCCGAUA